GAGAUGUCAAUCUCAGUUUAACCACAUGUAAACGUACUUCUUUAUUUUGUAUCAUUAUAAGAACGUGAAAAGCUAAUGUGAAUGAAAAAAUACAAUCAAAAUGGAGAAAAUAUUAAGAGGCGUUAUGAGAUACCGUGUAUUAGACCGUGCAAGUAUGGUGAAACAGUUUCAAGAAGUAAAAAACAACCCUACGCCGAAAGCAGUAUUUUACACUUGCAUGGACAGCAGAAUGAUACCAACAAGAUUUACUGAAACUGAUGUUGGCGAUAUGUUUGUCGUUAGAAAUGCUGGAAAUGUGGUACCUCACUCGCAAUUUUUCUAUGAUGAGAUGACCAGCUGUGAGCCAGCUGCCUUAGAGCUUGGUUGUAUUGUAAACGAUAUAAGACACAUUAUUGUUUGUGGACACAGUGACUGUAAAGCUAUGAAUCUGUUGUACAAAUUAAAAAGCAAAGAGGAGUCCUCGAUAGAACAAAGAAGGCUAUCUCCUCUAAAGUCGUGGCUAUGCAAUCAUGCGUAUACUAGCUUGGAUAAAUUUAUCGAUAUGAAAGGCGACUUUACCAAGCCCAUGGUUUUCAUGGGUGAAACUCCGCAACGGAAAUUUGUAGCGUACAUCGAUCCUGAUAAUAAAUUUUGUAUAGAAGAUAAAUUGUCGCAGGUAAAUACUCUUCAGCAGCUGCAAAACGUGGCGUCCUACGGUAUGUUGAAGAAGCGCCUAGAGAAGCACGAUCUGCACAUCCACGCCUUGUGGUUUGAUAUUUACACGGGCGAUAUCUACUACUUCAGCAGGCGUGCCAAGCGGUUCGUCAUCAUUGAUGAGUCUUCUUAUGAGUCCAUUCUCGCUGAAGUCAGAAGAUACUAUUCCUAAUAUUUAAAAAAUAUUUAAAAAAUAUACUCAGUUUGGAACAGUCAGUCUACAUUCUACCGUCGACUUACUACAUUUUAGUCGCAAGUAGGUACAGGAUAUUCGAAGCAGCAAAGAUGAUGAGAACAUUUUAAUGUACUUAUAUUGGACCUAUCAGUCCUCUUGCCAAUAAUGUAUGUUAAAUCAUUAGGUCACAAUUAAAUGGAUCAUUAAUAUCUGCAACCUGUGAUAUGUCCCAGAGAAGUGGAUAGCUUUUGCUCGAAACGUUUUAAUGUGUUGUUAUUAAUUUAAGGAUUGUUUAAAUUAAGCUUAGGUAGGUACAGGUUAAAAGAGGGUUCCGGAAAUUGAUGGAUCACAAACUCAGACAUAAUAACAUUUCGGAGUGAAAACAGCUUAAAACUUAGUAAAUAAAUGAGCCCUAGGUCUUUAUACGUUCUUAAGAAUAUUUAAAUAAACAACUUAAUAUUAUAUAAAGUAAGGACAAUUUUAAAAUCACACUUAAUUUUAUAUAUAUUUUCAUACAAGUUUUAUACAGGAAUUUAAGCUGCUUGUAUGUAGCUGUCCGCUCGGGGCUGCCAGGGGUACGCGCAACGCAAGAUAGGGCACCGUGGUGGUCGUGCUCACUAAUGACAGCGCUAUCCCUUCCCCCUAUCGUCCAUACAAACUUUUACAUUUCUUUUGCAUUCUUUUUUAAGAUUACGUGUUAUAUUAAAUAUUUUGCUUUUAUAACAUAAUUAUUUAAAAAUAUCUGUAAGUAUUUUUGUUUGUUGUCUUAAUAUUGGGACCAAAAUACAAAGCUUUUUUUUGAAGUGUUUAAAA